UUUAGCGAAAACCUAAAUUGCAUACAAAUGUGAACUUCGGAAGCAGGGAUACUGCUUUGAAAAUAAUGCGAAAUACUUAAAUCAUACUCGGUCAUCUUGAUACUUUGCGAGAUUUCACAGAUCUAAAAAGAAAGUAAAAAUUUUUCGUGAUCUAUGAAACGAGAAUGGCAAAAGAAGAGGAGGGUCCUGACCAACUGCGAUCAUGGGCCAUCGCUAUAGCUGCUUGUGUCAUCAAGACGCUUCUUUGUGGUUCCAAUAGAGUAACAGGCCUCUUCUAUGUGGUUAUGAUUGAAACAUAUGGUGUUUCUAGAUCUGAAGCAAACUUACCUUUCACAGUUCGUAAUAUAUUGAGGGAUAUAGGAGGACCACUUGCUGGUAUCAUCGGUCAGCGUCAUGGUCCGUUUAUGGUAACAUUGCUAGGAUCAUUUCUUGCAGCACUUGGGAUAACGUUAUGCACUUUUGCUCCUAAUAUUACCUGGAUUUGUAUACUUUGGGGAGGAUUACAUGGUUUUGGAGUUUCUUUGGGCAACACUUUGCUCCAGAUAGUCGUAAAUCAAUAUUUUUGCAAGUAUCGGGCAUCGGCUUCAGGAUUGGUAGUUGCUGGAUCAUGCUUUGGAUCUCUUCUGUGUCCUCUACUCAUUGAGUAUUUCCUAGUCAAUAUAGGAUUGUCAGGAACAUUCCUACUGAUGGGCGGUAUAUUACUACACGCGUUACCAGCAUCCUUGAUGAUGAAGAAUCCUCGAUGGAAUAAAAGAUGUGUUUCCACAAAGAAUGCAAAUUUGAAAGAUAGCACAACUACGGAUCCAAGCAAAAUGUCAUUAGCCGAAGUACAAACUGCUAAACACGAUGAAGCUUUAUCUACAAUUCAAAAAUCGUCUGUCAUGUCAGCGGAGCUCGAUACGAAUACCUUUCCCAUAUUGAAACAGCAAAUUUUAAAGAAAACAUUCCUAUUUCCUAAGAUUAAAAUUUCAAAAGAACAUUUCUUAGAAACUAAAGACGACGGAAAUCCUAAUGCUGAAAAGGGAAUAGAUAAUCCUGCGUAUCAAGGGCAGAGAUUGCACUUUGAUGCAAAUACUCUUAUUCACCAGGAGAAGUCUUUAAAUAGAGCUUCCGUCGCCGACGAGAGUACGAAGAACAAUGAUCAGCAGAAAGUUUCUUUCAUCAAUGAAAUAUUCGAAAUGAUUUGCCAUCCAAUGUUCCACAUAAUAAGUUUAUCUUUGGCAGCGUACAAUAUGUUGUUUGAUCCAUCGCUAGCAGUGAUCGUGGAUUAUGCCAAAGACAAAGGUUUUGAAAACACUGUGGCCAAAUAUUUCCUCAGCCUUUUAUCAUUAGGAGAUUUACUUGGAAAACUUUGCUUCGGUUGGAUGACUGACAGGAAUUAUCUGCCUCUGCCAAAGUAUAUGAUGCUUCUUCUUGUCGUACAGGGAGUUUGCUUUCUUCUCGUACCUUUGUUUGACGGUGUUCAUAUACUGAUGACAUUGGUUGUGAUCUACGGAACUGCGUCUGGAGCAACACUCGUCAUGUUUCCUAUUCUGGUUGAAAAUUACCUAGUAUCAGUUCAGACUUUAGCUAUUGGAUGUAUAUCAUUCCUUAAGUGGAGUGCUAUCAUUUACUGUCCCGCCAUUAAUCGGAGCAUCGUCACUACUUGUUGGCCUUCUGUGGUUGCUGGAACCCCUGAUCUGCGGAAUGUCGACGUGAAAAUUUUCAGACUGUUGAUAGCAAAGCUACAAUUUGUAUUCGUGGCAAUUCUGCAAAAAUAAAAGAAUAAAAUUUAUUUAUAUCCGAUUUAAAAUCUUUAUUUCAAAAUACAGUAAAGAUACACUGUCUUUAUUUUGAAAUACUGUCUUAAUUUGAAAAGCCAGACUAAAUUAGAUACAAG